CUUGGCUAUAAUUCGAGCAAACAGGGAAAAAACUUGGUGAUACGGUGUAGCAGCCUCCCACGCCAUUACUUAAACCAAAUAAAACCAUCAACCGCGAAAAUAAAACGCAAAAAGAAACCCUUAACCAACAACCGGGUCAUCAAACGGUGGCAAACAAUCCCUGGUGUAUCGUAAUAGAUUGAAGUUGAUGCACUUCACUGCGCCUACGCGGCACUCUAUCACCUCUUGUCUCGUCGUUCCUUCGUAAAACCUCACCGUUCGUCUUCACUAGGCAGGCAGGGGCUUUAGAAAGACCCUAAAACUUUCAUCGCGCUUUCUCAGUCUCUCUUUCUUCGCCCUUUUCUGUAAAACAAAACUGAUCCUCAGUCUCAGUAAUCGCUUGCAGCCAUUUCCAUCCACUUUCUCGCAACCCCAUAAACUUUUUUUUUGCUGUCAGAUUUUUUUUUUUUUUUUUUUUUGGAUGAACGGAGUUGUAUAAUGGCUUCUAAAGCGAUUUUGAUAAGGAGAAGAUCCAUUGCUGCCUAUGUGAAUUCCUUCACUCCUUCAACUCCAAGUUUCCAACUCGUUGGGCGUGGCAGUUCCUCUCAGAAGCUGCUGGACUCACAGGGUGGUUUUUCCUCCAGGGGAGAUUAUGUUGUUCCCGUGAAGAAAUUGGAAUUACUUGGUUUUUCAGGAAUAGGAAGAGGAUAUAAGGAUGGAAUCAUGAUUUCGCCUUUUGGAAAUACAAGAUCGGAACAUCUUUUCUCAACUCCUCCUCCUCCUCAUCCUCCUCCUCCUCCUUUGGGGAUCAGAUGGAUGUCGCAGUCCAUUCGUAACGCUUCCACAGCUACGGUUAAACAGCAGGAACCGGCCAGUGACGAGGACGACAACGAGGAGCUGGUUUUGAAGAAGAGGAAAGAGGCUUCUCCUGAGGAAUGUGAUCAAGCUGUUGAAGGUUUGAGCACUGCAAAAGCCAAAGCCAAGGCUAAGAAAUUGCAUGAGUCUCAAAAAUCUGCUAUUUCUGUUUUGCAUAGAGUUUGGACCACGUUUUUAGGGAUUGGUCCCGCUCUCAGAGCUGUAGCUUCUAUGAGCAAGGAGGACUGGGCCAAGAAGCUUGUUCAUUGGAAAGAGGAAUUUGUAUCAACGAUUCAACAUUAUUGGUUGGGGUUUAAGCUGCUCUGGGCUGAUGUGAGGAUCAGUUCGAGAUUGCUGUUAAAACUUGCUGGUGGAAAGAGUUUGUCUAGAAGGGAAAGACAACAAUUGACGCGAACCACUGCUGAUAUUUUUAGGCUGGUUCCUUUUGCUGUUUUUAUCAUUGUGCCUUUUAUGGAAUUUUUGCUGCCCGUGUUCCUGAAAUUGUUCCCCAACAUGUUGCCAUCAACAUUUCAAGACAAGAUGAAAGAACAGGAAGCUUUGAAAAGGAGGCUAAAUGCAAGGAUUGAAUAUGCUAAGUUCCUGCAAGACACCGCCAAGGAAAUGGCAAAGGAAGUUCAAAACUCACGAAGUGGAGAAAUUAAGAAAACCGCGGAAGAUCUUGAUGGAUUUUUAAAUAGUGUUAGAAAGGGUGCCCGAGUCUCAAACGAAGAAAUUUUGGGUUUUGCUAAGUUGUUUAAUGAUGAACUUACCUUAGAUAAUAUCAGCAGGCCUCGUUUAGUGAAUAUGUGCAAAUAUAUGGGAAUCAGCCCCUUUGGAACAGAUGCAUAUUUACGUUAUAUGCUCCGCAAAAGGCUUCAAAGUAUUAAGGCUGAUGAUAAAUUAAUUCAAGCGGAGGGUGUGGAGUCCCUUUCAGAAGCUGAACUUCGUGAGGAUUGCAGAGAGCGAGGCAUGCUUGGACUGCUUUCUGUGGAAGAAAUGCGUCAACAGCUCCGUGAUUGGUUGGAUUUGUCUCUGAAUCACUCUGUGCCAUCUUCACUCCUGAUCCUUUCCAGGGCAUUCACUGUCUCUGGAAAGUUGAAGCCAGAGGAUGCUGUUCGAGCUACAUUAUCUUCUCUUCCAGAUGAGGUUGUGGAUACUGUUGGAGUUACAGCAUUACCAUCUGAAGAUUCUGUAUCAGAAAGGAGGAGGAAAUUGGAAUACCUUGAAAUGCAGGAAGAAUUAAUCAAGGAGGAGGAAGAGAAAGAGGAAGAAGAGCAGGCCAGGAUGAAGGAAUCUAAAGGCGUUCAAGAGGAUGUGGCAUUGAAAGAGAUGACUAUUCCUACAGCAAGAGAAGCACAAGAGCAAGCCAGAGCGAGAGCAUUGGAAAAGCAAGAGCAACUAUGUGAAAUCAGUCGUGCCUUAGCUGUUUUAGCUUCUGCAUCUUCGGUAAGUAGAGAGCGCGAAGAGUUUCUGAGGCUUGUCAAUAAGGAGAUUGAACUUUAUAACAGCAUGGUAGAAAAAGAGGGUUUGGAUGGGGAAAAGGAAGCCAUGAAGGCAUAUAGAGCUGCCCGAGAGGAAAGUGAGAAUGCUACUGAUGUAGCUGAAGGUGAUGAGGUUUCAUCAGCACUCAUAGAAAGGGUUGAUGCUAUGCUCCAAAAUCUUGAAAAGGAAAUUGAUGAUGUGGAUGCCAAAAUUGGUGACUGUUGGCAAGUACUCGACAGGGAUUUUGAUGGGAAAGUAACUCCUGAGGAGGUUGCGAGUGCUGCAAUGUACUUGAAAAAUACUUUAGGCAAGGAGGGUGUCCAGGAACUCAUCAGCAAUCUUUCCAAGGAUAGAGACGGGAAGAUUCUUGUAGAAGAUAUUGUCAAAUUGGGAAGCAGGACAGAAGAUGCCCACACAGCUUAAGACAGGGAAUGUAGAGGCUCAUAUUUUUUGUUGGCAUAUGCUAAUUUUGUACAAUGGAUGCUGAUAUAUAUAUAUAUAUAUAUGAAGAGGAAUAUACUUACAUUUUUUCUUUUUCCCCCCCCCAAAAAAAAAAAAAAAAAAAAAAAGAGAAAGAAAGAACAACACUGGGGAGCCUUGUUGUUUAGGCUUCCUAAUUAUAUCUUUGUACUUGUUAAUUAAAAAUCCAAUAUUAGGUUUACAAGUUAUCAGAUUGAAAUAA